ACCGUAAUUCUUCACAGUGCCAAUUGUCGAAUUGAUGGCAAUCCACCCUGGGCUGCCAAGUGCCUCGAAAUUUUCUUCGUCACAGAAAUAACAUGCUUUUCGCAAACCGCCUUUCGAUAAUGCUUUGGGUCGGAUCAUCUCAAAUCAUUCGACCUUUUGGUGAACACUCAGGUCUAGUGACUCCUUGAGCUCCAUUAUCAUUCAACACUCACUGAGUUCCUCUUUUCUCUCGAUCUCUAUCACUGUGCCAAUUUGGGUGCCUGUCGUGUGGUCUGAAGCUUCCCUCUAGGGUCACAGUUCUUGUAACUCGUCGGCAAGGAAGGAGAGACUUAGCGAGAUUAGCGUGCGCCAGCAAUUAGGGCGAGGAUGAACUGGCUAAGCAGAAACAAUCCCUUUGAGGGUGGUCGAGACAAUUAUAACUAUGGAUCGUCGGGUUACGACGAUGGAGACAGACACGAUUAUGGGUUCAAUUCAACGCGUUACGGGGAACCUUAUGCAGGCGGCAGCCAUCCCUUGUCGAUGCCUCCCCAAAGGUCUCUGGAUUCUAAUUACGGUUACGAUGCAGCCUACAAAACCGGGUAUUCAGACAGUUCGAGUCGUCCAUUAGCAGAUCUUGCACCAUAUGAUCAACACCAGCGAUAUGAGCUGGAGCCGGCUCACGAGCGGUUCAACAAUUACGCCGACCAGCCAUCUUACUCGAGUGGGUAUGACGAUUACGGAGAGGAGCCAUAUCAUGUUGAUCGAUACAAGAGCUACAAGGAGGGAUAUGACGAUGAACCGGAGUUUUUGUUUCGUACCGCAUCGAAGACCUACAAUUUUAAUGCAUUGGAGACGACCCCCGUGACCGAGCCAUCUUUUACAGCUGAUGCGGAGGUGACGGAAGCCUCGGAGGAAGUCUUGGUGAGGAUCCGCGGCGCUGUUGUGCACUUGGUUGACGACCAGAAGAGCCCGCUCCUGGGCGAUGGAGACUUCUCGAUAGUCUUGAUUGAGCAAGCAGGGAACGGGCUCGUGACGUUUGUGAGAGUAGGAGACAAGCUGCGGUGGCCACUGACGAAAGAUGAGCCUGCCGUGAAGCUGGAUUCCAGCCACUACUACUUCACCAUCCGCUUCCCACGCAAAGUCGAUGAAAUGGACACGGAGACGGCUCGUAGCGCGAGCCCAGAGGUUUUGAGCUAUGGCGUCACAUUUCCAUUGGACGGACAAGAAGAGCAGCUGCGUGAGUUGGAUGACAUUCUGGAGACGUACAGCCGGUUUUUGAGCCCAAAGCUUGUCCAGGGCAACAAGGAGAGAGACGAAUUUGAUGGCGCUUUUGGAUAUGGCCAUAGCCAGAUACCCGAUGCAUUGAACACUUCAAGGAGCGAAGUCCUCUAUAACAAACAAGAGAAGCAGGAUUCAAGCUCAGAUUACUGGAGAAUUAUGGCUCCCAAUGUUGACGACUACAAUAGCGACCUGGCCAAAGCCUUUGCGAUGGGCACUGGUAGUCUCAUCAAGGGCAUCUUUUGGUUGCGAGACUCGACAGUUGCAGGCCUCGAAAAUGGUAGUUCAUAUAUGAGGGAACACGUCAGAUCUACUUCCAACCCUAGCACCAUCAACCCACAAAUCCUGGUCAACCUGAAGAGGGUGAAAAACAUGUCCAUGGCUACGGAAACAGUGGCGAACAGCAUACUUGAGGGGUUUGUGAGAGCGGCGAGCUUUUUCUCGAGUGCUCUGAUAAGAUCCGAUAUCGGCAAGAAGUUUUUCCAAUUACUGCCCGGCGAAGUGGCUCUCGUCUCCAUGGAUGCUUUCGCGAAACUGUUUGAUGCAUUGGAAGCGGCGGGCUACGAUGUCGCAGCGCAGACUAAAAUGUUCACGCAGGACGUUGUUGCUCACAGAUAUGGUGAACAAGCAGGAGAAGUGACCGGCGAUACCUUAUCCACCGCGGGACAUUUGUUUGCAACAGCGUGGACGGUGACCAAGGUCCGCAGCGCCUGGAAUCCAACCAAGUUCAAGCCUACCAAGACAGGAAUGCUCAAAGCGGCCGCGAAGGCAGUAAUGCGGGGAGCAAAGGAUUAGCAGAUCGCACAGCGCGUGAAGCAUUUUUGUCCUGGACACCCUUAUCUUAACAACGGUGUAAAUUAUACGUAGGUCGUGGACAGAAGUACUUAAAAUCUUACCUUUCUGAUCACUUAGGAGCUGAUUUCCUAACCAGAAUCAACUAAGCUCUGCGGAAGGCAUUGGAUCACAAAUUGUUGAACAGAGCAAUGGUUUUGGUUAAAAUCCUAGGCCAUGAUCGGCGCACCGUCGACUAGACUCGGCUGUCUGUAAAGCGCGAUUUCUAAACUUAACCUGCAAUCCUAAUUACGCCAGCGGAUGGCUGUAA